CUCGUAACGUGUCUAACUAUUUUUUAAGCCGAUAUCCCGUGAAAGAUGCUCUCAUUCCAACCGAAGAAAGACGGUGGACCGAACGCGAAGUUCUUCGAAUCACAAGAAAUCCUGACGCAGCUCGACGGCGUUAAACAGUGGUUGUUGAAGAACUGCAAAAAGUACGUGCAAACGGAUCCUCCUACCAAUAAAAGCUUGGCUACAUUGAUAGUGCAAUUAUUACAAUUUCAAGAAGACAAUUUAGGCAAAAAUGUGUCGAAACCACCAAUGACACGGCUUCCUAUGAAAUGUUUCUUGGACUUUAAACCGGGUGGUGGCUUGUGUCAUAUCCUAGCUACGGCAUAUCGUUUCAAGCAAGAACAAGGAUGGCGUCGAUUCGAUUUUCCAGUUGGAAAGUCAGGAUCUCGUAUGGAUCGAACGAUGGAAAUGUUGAUGGCGGCUGAACGAGCCCUUGUACAAAACCGAUGUAUGACCAUACCGUGCAUAUACGUAAGAUCCGACGUAGAUAAAUCGACGGCUGGCAAGGUGAAGGAAGUUGUACGUCGGCAUCAGGGUACUAUUGCCGAAAACGAAGCGGAUGCAACGCACGUAAUUUAUCCAUCGGUGGAUCCUAUGGAGGAAGAAUAUGCGCGUCCUUGUAUGAGGCGAGAGAGGUCCGUCCUCCUGCAUUGGUACUAUUUCCCAGAUAGUUACGAUUCCUGGACCACGCUGGACCUUCCUUGGGACUUCCCGGAAGGCACGCUCGCGAAUGCGAACUCGAAACCUGUGUACAAAGUGUCGGCGACGUGGGCGUUGGAUUUAGAUCAGUACAACGAGUGGAUGAACGAAGAGGAUUACGAGAUAGACGAGAACGGUCAGAAGAAGAUACACAAAUACCGGCUCUCGGUGGAAGACCUGAUGGCGCAACCGUCCCAUCCUCCGCCUACAGCGAAGACCAAACCAAAAAGGAAACGAUCUCCCAGUCCGUCGCCGAAGCCGGGGAAACGUAAGAGCGCGAGGGCACCGUCGGGAAUCCAAAGUACUUCGUCCUCCUCGUCGCUGGCAACACCGAAGAAAUCGCGCGGCGGGGGAGAAGAAGAAGACGAUCUUACUCAAGGAAUGGAAGAUCCACCGGCGGAACCGCGGAUCGUAGAGGUAGUCGCGGCUCCUACGAAUCCACCGGUUACGGGCCAGGGCAACGUUCCAACGAGCGGUACCACUUUAACGACGACGGGUAGUAAGAAACAGGAUAACGAACUACAGCCGUUAAAAUCCGGUAACAUGGCAGAUUUAGAUGAACCGAUGGAAGAUAAGGGCAGUUCGCAGAGUACCCAAGACAGGGAGGAACGUGAUACAAGUAAAGAAAGAGGAGAAGGAAAUAAAGGCGACGAACCGGAAGACAACGUUACCGAGCAAACGCAUCAUAUCGUGGUUCCCAGUUAUUCUGCUUGGUUCGAUUAUAAUUCGAUUCAUACCAUCGAGAAGAGAGCUCUCUCGGAGUUCUUUAACGGUAAAAAUAAAUCGAAGACGCCUGAGAUCUAUCUCGCCUACAGAAACUUUAUGAUCGACACCUAUAGACUGAAUCCAACGGAGUAUAUCACAUCGACCGCUUGUAGACGUAAUCUGGCUGGCGAUGUGUGCGCAAUUAUGCGCGUGCACGCGUUCUUAGAACAGUGGGGACUCAUCAAUUACCAAGUAGACGCGGAGUCGAGGCCAACGCCAAUGGGACCUCCUCCGACAUCGCAUUUCCACGUGUUAUCGGAUACACCGUCGGGAUUAGCCCCGGUCAAUCCGAAUCCCCCGAAAACGCCGCAGCCUUCAGCCGCGAAAACGCUGCUCGAUCUGGAGAAGAAAUCAGCCACGGUGGGACCAGAGGAAAAGCCUUCCGUCGGUGGCAUGGCCAAUUUCGGAUUGAAGAUCGAUCAGUAUUCUAGGAAGCCGGCAGUCUUGAAAAAUAAACAAGCUGCCGGCGCUACUCGCGACUGGACCGAACAAGAAACGCUUUUACUGCUGGAGGGAUUGGAAUUGCACAAAGACGACUGGAACAAAGUCUGCGAGCACGUCGGCUCGAGAACACAGGACGAAUGUAUAUUGCAUUUCUUGCGGCUACCGAUAGAAGAUCCGUACUUGGAGGAAGGCGGGCCAGAAGGUUUAGGCCCGUUGGCUUACCAACCAAUACCGUUCUCCAAAGCUGGCAAUCCAGUUAUGAGCACCGUAGCAUUUUUAGCUUCCGUCGUUGAUCCCAGAGUCGCGGCAAGCGCUGCCAAAGCUGCUAUGGAAGAGUUUGCAGCGAUCAAAGAUCAAGUACCGGCGGCUUUACUGGAUCAGCAUUUAAGAAAUGUCCAAGCCAGCGCAAAUUCCGAUGGCAAAUUCGAUCCAGCUGCAGGAUUGGCACAAUCCGGCAUAGCUGGUACGGGACCACCCGAACCACCUGAUGACACGCCGGCACCCACGAGCACUGGUACUGCACCAACCACUUCGGCCACAUCUCCGCAGACAACAACUCCGAUAGAAACAAAGAAAGAGGAGCCAGAGAAGCCCAAAGAAUCGUCCGAAGUGGAUCAAAGUCAGAUGGAUAUUAGUAAGAAAGAAGAAGAAUUAAAAGAACCCGAAGAAGACGCUAAGUCGACCGCCGAUACUGAGAACAUUGAAGCGAAAGAAAAGAAGGAUAAGGUCGUUCGAGAUGCUCAACUUCAAUCGGCAGCUGCUGCGGCACUAGCGGCGGCCGCAGUCAAAGCUAAACACUUGGCGGCCGUGGAAGAGCGCAAGAUCAAAUCGUUGGUAGCUCUACUCGUGGAAACGCAAAUGAAGAAACUGGAGAUCAAAUUACGCCAUUUCGAGGAGCUAGAAACGACGAUGGAACGGGAACGAGAAGGUCUCGAGUAUCAACGGCAGCAGCUUAUCACCGAAAGGCAACAGUUCCAUUUGGAACAAUUGAAGGCCGCGGAAUUUCGAGCGAUGCAACAAGCGCGUCAACGUUUCGCGCAAGAGCAGCAGCAGCAGCAACAGAAUCAGCAUACUACGUGGCAGCCUGCCGCGCAACAGCAGCAACAACAGCAACCACCGAGUCCGCAACCACCUGCCCAACAACCAUCGUCGAACACUCCCCCACAGCAGGCAUAAACCUUCCCACAUGACAGACGGAUCCUUCGGCGCCUGUUUUGGAUUAAGCGUGCAUAACGACGACAUUAGAUGGAAAUGAUAGUGCUGAAGAAGCUGCUCCAUGUGCACGCGUCUAAUCUCUCCGCUGGCGCAGCAGUACAACAGGUUGGCAAGAUCGAGGGCGAGUGAACCAACCCGAGAUAGUUGAAAGUCAACUAAAUAGAUAUCCUGUAAAGCCGUAGCGUUAAGGGUAACUUAAGGUUUGUUCCGAUUAAAUUUGGAAUACUUUCUAUUUCUAUUCCCUGGACUGAUUCUAACCGAUGCCACAUCCGACCGACAUUCAUAUUCGUGUGUACCCGUUACUUCGUGAACGAAGUAAAAAAAACUAAGACAAAUAUUUUUACACUAUACUUAUGUCUGUGCUUCGAUUUUUUUUUAAGUAAUUUUAAUAAAUGGAGGUAUGUAUAUAUCCGUGUAUAGGAAUAGAAUUUAUAUGAGGUUCCCGAUUUUACAUCGACAAUGGAGAAGUAUAAUUUAUUUGUACGAACAAAUAUUAAGUGUAAGUGUGACGCUUAUUAAAAGCCGAAUGGAGCUACUUUGGUA